AUGGUGCAACCAGACUUUGACGGCCUUGACACGCCGCGCACCAACGUGGGCGACGCGACAUUUCUUGGUCGCCAGCCCGAUUUUGACAUUUCACAAGAGUUAUCCUUUCAGUCGCCCUCAAAAGACGCGAAUCUCCUCCAGCAGCUCCGCAACGGCGGCCGACCAAGCAUCAAGACCCCACGCGGGAAUCGCGCUCCCUUCAAUGACCGCCGAAACCUUCCUGCUGGUUUGGGGGGGCCCGAGUUUACACCACUGCUCAAAUCUGCAACUAGAAAUAGCGUACGCCGCCAUGGCGUUGGCAAGGAAAACCCGGGCCGAGCAACCCCCGGCUUCCUCGCCAAGAUCGACGAAUCCAUGACACCCAUGCCCGCAGGCGAGACCAGCAUGUACGGAGCCUCACACAACACAUCGUCCUUCAUAGGUGGCACACCACUGCCCGAGGUAGACAGCAGUAGUGCCGCAUCUACCCCCCUGGUGAUGAGGAGGCGCGAGAACGGCAAAGGCCCCUUGGAAGACGGGAAUCAGCUCUCAUUACGCGAACAAGAGAACGUCAUCGACAAGAUCGAAAAGGAGAACUUUGGCUUGAAGCUCAAGAUUCACUUUCUGGAGGAAGCGCUGCGAAAAGCCGGCCCCGGGUUCAGCGAGGCUGCGCUUAAGGAGAACACCGAGUUGAAGGUAGACAAGGUGACCAUGCAGCGCGAACUCCAGAGGUACAAGAAGCAUCUUACCUCGGCCGAAAAAGACCUCGAGAGCUACCGACAACAGAUUCUUGAGGUGCAGGAGAAGGCUAAGCGAAAGUACGCCGACGAGAACCAACGAGUUGAGCUUGAACGGCUGCGACAACAACUUGAGGAGAAGGAUGCUGAAAUCGACGACCUGCACCGGCAACUUGACAACCAAGACGAUGGGCAGGACAAGGUGGAGAAGCUUCAGGACGAGAUCGGCGACUUGGAGGCGGACCUCCGGCGAAAAGACGACGUCAUUACACAACAUGAAGACGAAAUAGACGAGCUGAGGGAAAAGGUCGACGAUGCCGAGGAGCAACUCAAAAAGACGCAGCGACGGAUGGUAGAGCUCGAGGAGAAGGCCCAGGACGGUGACCGUCUCCGCGAGGCCAGGGACACAAUUGAGGAUCUGGAAGCCAACGUGCGGCGUUUUGAGCAGCAGGUUGAAGACAUGAGGGAGAAGCUUCAGGAGGCAACCUCAGAAAAAGAUCGUGCUGAGGCAGAUCUAGAGGAGCUACAGGAGGAGAUGGCUAACAAGUCUGUCGUCACCAAGGGCCUCUCUCGCCAAGUCGAAGAAAAGAUUGCACGUCUGCAGUCUGAAGCCGAUAGGGCUCGCCAGGACUGUGCAUCUCUUGAGGAGGAACGCUCGGCCCAACAAAAGGAAAUAGACGGCAUGAGGGCCAAGCUCAAAGAAGCCCGUGAGGAGCGCGAUUCUUCAGAACGCAUUCGUCUAUCUCUAGAAGCCAGGGUGGACGAGGAACAUGGAUCUUGGCGGAAAGAGUUGGAGGAUGCUAGACAUCAGCUCAAGGAGGCCAGGCUGGAGCGCGACUCGGCCGAGCAUAUCCGCUUAACGCUAGAAUCCAAACUAGCGCAAGCACAAGCCGACCUCAACAUGCGAAACGAUGAGAAGGCACUCCUCCAGACUCGGCACGACGCCCUGACCAGCGAAUCUACCUCUUUGCAACGGGAGGUGACCAAACUCAAGCAGUCUAUUGCCGAGGCCGAGGACAGCCUGGAACAAGAACGCCAGCACGCGUUAGGCAUAGAACAGGACAUCCGGAACCAGUUCCGCACCGAAAUCGAGAGACUCAACGACGAAAUUUCCGACCUCCAAGCAGAGUGCCGCGAGAGGGAUAACCUCUACGAUAACGACAGCGAAAAAUGGGAAUCCGAGCGCCACAACCUGGAAGCUGAACGGGACCGUGCCGAAGAACGUGCCGCUGGUCUGCAACGUACGAUCGACAAGCUGCGGGACACCGAAGGGGCCUUGUCGAGCAAGGAAACAAAGCUCCAAGAAGCCCUGCAGAGUGAGGCAGAGAGGCACAGGAAGGAUGAGGCCAUCCUGCAGACCCAGAUUGACCAGUUGCAGCAGGACUUGAGCUCUAGGCAAGACAUGUUGGAGGAUCUCCGUAGCGAGUUGUCCGCUGUGAGAGAUGAGCUCCGCCAAUCCCGACUUGAAUGCGAGGCUCGGGGGGAGAAGGUGGAGGCACUCGAGGAUGAGGUUGAGAUCUUGCAGGCCACUCUCGACGAGGAGUCGGAGAAGGCCCGUUUUGAGCUCGGCCAGUCCCGGCAGGAGUGUGACGGACUGAGGCAGGAACUCACGUCCCUCAAAGCUACCACAGAUUCGGCCAAAGCAUUGUCGACCGCCUCCCGGGAAUCUGCUAAACAGACCAAUGAGGCUGUUGCUCGCCUCAGAUCCCAGCUCUCCGAGGCUACUGAGAAGGUCCACAAGCUCACAGAAGAGCGCCGAGCGUUGCAGGACCGGUCAUCAAGCUUAGAGACCGAACUGCGCUCUAUUCGCGCCUCUUUGGAAGAAACCAAGGCCGAGCGCAAUGAACUUGAAGCAGAAAUUGGCCGGCUCAACGAGCAAGGUGAGGAUACCUUCAAGUACGACCAAGAGCGGAUCGACCUACGCGUGGCGAAGACCAGGCUAGAGGGUGAACUUCGCCGACUCCGGGAUGAAAACAAAGCUUUAGUCGAGAGACGGCGAGAGGUUGAGGAAGCCCUGGAGAAAGAGAUUGAGAAGGCCGCCGCCGAAGAGGACCGUCUUGGCGACAAAAUCCGCGAUCUGCAAGGAAUGGUGCAGCAAUCUUCGGAUAGCACCGAGCUUGCGGCCCUCCGCCGAACUGUCCGAGAGCUCGAGCGCCGCGUUCAGGAUUACGAAACGCAGCUGGCCGCCUCCCAGUUCCCUGGUCAAGGGGGCGAAGGGAACAGUGAGCUUUCCGAACUCCAUCGCGAGCUAUCCGCCGCGAGGAAGAAGGAACUGGAUCAGCUGGAGCAUGCCGCUUCUCAGAAGGAGUCUAUUAAGGGACUCAAGCGGCAGAUUGCGGACCUGGAACGCAAGGCGCACGAGGCCGCCCUGGAUCGGUUUGCAACUUCCCCGUCGUCCCACGGGGGUUCUGCGCAGAAGGCUGAGGUAUCCGAGCUGCGCCAUCAACUCUCCACCGCCAACCAAUCUGUGCAUGACUUGAAGCGGUCUCUGCGCGAUGUCGAGCGCAAAGCCUCUGCGUCGGCACGUGAGCUCCAGAAACAUCUCGAUGAGCUCGAGGACGAAAAGUUCGUGCUUGAGCAGGCUUUUGAGGACGCACAGACGGCCGCUGAAGAGUCCGCCGUGGCACACGAGGAGACGUUGAAGAAAUACAAGGCAAAACUCGAGAGAUACAAGCGGGAGCGGGACGAGCUAGCCACUGCUGUGCGCGACCAGCGGAACAAUAGUAUGAACAGCAGUCUUAGUGAGAUGCCGCUCGAGGAGCGCCGCGACUUGCACAAGAUGCUACGCGAGUCACAGCUCUCCGCCGACAAACUCGACCGCGAGCUGCGCGAACACCGGGGAGGCGCUCGAGGAGCUCGUGGGAGUGGAGACAUCCCUCCCGCUGAGAAGUUGCACAAGGACUUCAACAAGCUUAAGAAGGAGAAGGACAAGGCUGUUGCCGAAGCGGCUUCAGCGGCCGCCGCCGCCAACGAGGAGCGUGCUCUUGUCCGAGUUUCCAAAACGGGCAAGAAUGGCGUGGACACUGACGCUAUCAUUCGGGCUGCCGAAGCCGCCGAGAAACGACACGAGAAGGAGAUCCGCGGUAUGGUGAUGCAGAUGGAAUGGCUCAAGGCAUGCUGGGAUCGUGAGGCCAAGCUGCGCAGCGACGCGGCCUAUGCGAAACAAUACCUGUUGAUGCAAGUCCAGGUCCGCGAUGCCUGUAACAAAGCCGACCUCGCAAUCAUCAACCGCAUCCGCGCCGAGAUCAAGCCGCCCUCAGCCCGAACUGGCUCCUCCGCGGGGCGCGACCACUACCCCCUCGUCCGCCAAAAACAAAUCCAACCAGCUCCACAAACAAAACAACCGCAAUCGCAGCCUACUCAGCAAAACGAGCCGCCGAAGAAGAGGCGGACCCCGCGCUCGAACUUGCGCCUUGCCCUCAACGCGGUACGGGGGGUCGUCCGCAUGCAGGUCGGCGCGCGCGCCUGGGCCAAGAACGACAAGAUGCGCCAGAAGCUGGCCGACUGCUACGACGGCAUGCAGCGCGAGGAGCGGAUCCGCGCCAUGCGGGAAGUGUGGCGCGCCGAGGUUGCGCGCAAGACGGGGUCGCCCUCUUCGGCUUCCGCUUUGGCUUCGCUGAGGAGGGUAGGGGGCGGGAUGGAGUGCUGA